GGUGCAGUUGGAACCAGUCCACAGUUGGACUGGAUCCGAGCCGUUUGACAUAAUGCAUGAACGGACCGUCCGAUGACCGAAAACGAUUUUUCGAUGUUGUCCGGGAACGAGGUUCGAGCGGUCACUUUACCGGACCUUGGGACUUUACCGGACCUGACCUAACCCAAACGUGACCGGUCGUCGGGCGGACUCGGACGCCAGAGCAACACCACCAGCAGCACCGAGCCACUGCGGCUUUUUCGAGAACUGGCGUAGCGUCCCUGGACUACUUUCCCUCAAAUCAAGCAAUCUUUCUGAUAAAUCUAGAGAGGGGGUAUGAUAAAGAAUUAAUACCCACCCAGGGCUAGGGAGAGGAGGAGUGCGAGAGGGAGAGAUGGUGGUGGUGGCGGGCGUCAACGGGGUUGGGAAUGGCGUGGUGGGGCGGGCGCACGCGACGAUGGCGGUGGUGCAGGUGAUCGCCGGGGGAUACCACGUGAUCGCGAAGCUGGCGCUGAACGUGGGGAUGAAUCAGGUCGUCUUCUGCGUCUUCCGCGACCUCCUCGCCCUCUCCAUACUCGCCCCCGUCGCCUUCCUCCGCGAUCGAAAGGUCCACCCUCCACUAACUCGCCGCCUUCUUGCAUCAUUUUUCAUUCUUGGGUUAACUGGGAUUUUUGGAAAUCAGCUUUUAUUUCUUAUUGGUCUUAGCUACACAAAUCCAACUUAUGCUGCUGCUAUUCAGCCUUCAAUACCAGUCUUUACAUUCAUCUUGGCUGUGGUAAUGGGCACUGAGAAGGUAAAUUUGCUCACAUAUGAAGGUCGGGCAAAAGUCGGCGGCACACUCAUCUGCGUUCUAGGUGCAGUUUUAAUGGUACUGUAUAGAGGUCCAGCUAUAAUUGGAAAUAAUGCCUUUGAGCUAGCAGCUCAAAGUGAGAUCAGUGCAAAGCCCCAGCCUGAGCCAGUUGGAUGGCUAGCAUCUGGAUUGCUUGAGUUUGGACUUGAGAAGUGGCAUAUUGGUGUUCUAUGCUUAAUAGGAAAUUGUUUAUGCAUGGCCACUUAUCUUGCUUUACAGGCUCCAGUCUUGGCAAAGUAUCCCUCCAGCUUGUCUUUGACAGCAUAUUCGUACCUUUUUGGGGCCAUUUUGAUGGUUUUCUCGGGAUUCUUUGCUACUAAUAAUUAUGCAGAUUGGACAUUGACACGGUCUGAGAUUUUUGCAGUUCUAUAUGCAGGUGUUGUGGCAUCUGCUCUUAACUAUGGGCUAUUGACAUGGUCCAAUAAGAUUCUAGGUCCUGCACUUGUGGCUUUGUAUAAUCCACUUCAACCUGUAGUGUCUGCUUUAUUAUCAAGAAUUUUCCUUGGGAGCCCAAUCUAUCUUGGAAG